AUGACACUGGCAGAUCUCGAGCCUCUGGUGCAGCAAGCGCCCGACCAGCAGAUCAUGGUCACGGAGGAUCAGAAGCAACAGUUGGCAUGUAUUCUGUCGCGGCCCCUCUAUACCUGCCUGUCCUGCGGGGUCACAAUGCCAGAAAAGGCCGAAAGGCUGCGACAUGGUUACUUUUCGGAGAUAGGGGCCUCGGUGGGGGAAGACGAGAUGGGCUGGCCUUCUGUGGAGCCAUACAUGGUACAUUAUGAGGGCUAUCCCCGCACCGGGGGCAAAGCCGCGACCAUGUCUGAAAUCGAGCAAUUCCAGCGUACCGCCAUCUUCUUCAACCUGGUCUUGUGUGAAUCGAGUGAACAUAUACGCAAAACGGGCUGUAGCACUGCACUGGAUCUGUUCUGCGUGAACUUCGCGGGCUGCUGCGGUGGCGCACCCAGCAGCGCAGACGCAGAGUUGCUCAGGUCGUCGCUGGACGACAACUUCUUCAACGAAAUCUUCAAUGCACACUUUGGCGGCACCAUGCUGCGUGCCCCUCUUCCAAGCGAGGCAACUUGGGGAGAUGCCGUGGUUUGCGACCUUCGGGAGUCCUUGCAGGGCUUUGAGCUGCGCGAGGGCCACGUCUACCACCCUUGCCGGGUCGUCUUCCGCCAGAGGAACGAAGGCCUCGUGGUGGAAGCCAUCGUGACAGGAGGCACCGGGAGCCCCGAGACGGCGUACCGCCCUGACACCGGCACCCCCGAGGAGUGGCUUUGGGCGAAGCGUCAGGCCGUGGCGGGAGCACUCCAGCGCCAUCAGUACCAGGAGCACCUGGUAAAUGGCCACAUGGUCAUGGAAACCUUCGUGGCGCUCGCCUACAAGCACCUCUCGCCCGAGCACUACGCUUUCAAGCUACUGGGGCCGGUGAGCGGCGACGUGGGCUUUGUGAACCGCUCCUGGGGGGUGGACCCUCGCAUUUAA